AUGUUCAUCCCUGUUGAGGCCGUCCUCGGUGCUCCCAAGCCCGAUUUUCCCACGGUCACCGCUCGCGUCAACUUCCCCAAUUCCGUCCUCGAGCAAAUGCAAAAAGACCUGGAGCAUGUCGUCACAGAGAGUGGCAAGGCGUUGUCCAAGAACGAUGCCAUGCAUGCGAUCGUGUGGCACAAGAGGAUCGAGAUCUUCGGCCCCCAGGUGACCCACGACAGCAAGCACAGCACGAUCUUCUUCCCUGCAGACAUUCGCGGCCGCUAUCCCGGCAUUGGCCGCAACCACAUUGGCGACGCAACCUCCAUCAACGCCGUCGAGGUCGAGGCCGCGACGGUCACCUUGGAGGAGUGUGCCCAGAAGUUCCACGACGAAUCCCGAAGUGGAGCCAGCGUGGAAUACUUCCGGGAGCAGCUGGAUUUCGAGGCCAGUCGCACGCCAGAGAGCCGUGUCCAUGGCUUCUUCACCCCGGCGUGGCCCACCUUGAUCACGACCUCCGUUCGCCAUGGCGCCAUCUAUGAGGGCCGCUUCGGACGGCAAGAUGGGCAGCGAAGGUCCCAUAAACUUCUCCUUCGUCCGCCCCUCGCUCGUCGUCAUACCGCCCUACAGACGUCCAAGCCCCACCGACGAGCAAAAGGACUGGGAGUCCGGCAACGAUAUGCAAAUCACCGUCCCGCUUGGCCAGGACGAGAAGGCUGCCGAGAAGUACGUGGCGUCCUUGCCGAAUGGCACUCGCCUGCUUUCCAUCUGGACUAUAGAUCCGUAGGUUUUCGGAGUACAUGUUAA